AUGAAGAAUCGUUUCAGAAUUUAUUUGGCUGCAAUUGUUUGUUUGAUUUUGUUGAAAAAUGUUUCAACACAAGAACCUGAACCUGAAUCAGAAGGUUCAACUGAAACAAACGUUGACGAUCAAUCAUGCGAUAAUGGCUCAGGAACUUGCGUAGACGAAUGCGAUGCAUCUUUUAUGAUUACUGAUACUGGUUGCGAAUCAGGAAAAGCUUGCUGUGCAAACAAAUGCAAUUUUUUUGUCGGAGUUAAGGGAUUUAACGGGAUUUGUCGACCUGAAAGUGAAUGCAACUCCAACUUUCCUGGUUUACCGUUUUGGAAAGGCAACUGUAGAGAAGGAGAAAAAUGCUGUGACAUGAUUUCCAAAAUAACAUUACCCACGCCAUGAAUAAUGUCAAACUAAAUCAUUUCUUUCUUUUUUAUGUCAAUCUUCAAAAAAGGGAGUCAUAAAAAAAACAAAAACAAAUAUUUAAAGGAAUUGCUUAACG